UUGGGUGGCGGUUACCUGCAGAGCCGCUGUUUCUCGGCUGGACCUGCGAGGCUUUUCUUCGUCCUUACUUUGGCUCCGCAGCUCCACCCAAAGCGCCAUGGCUCCUAGGAAGCGUACCAGUCGGGUGGCCAAGACCAACUCGUUACGGAGCCGGAAGCUCGCCUCCUUUCUUAAGGACUUCGACCGUGAAGUGCAAGUACGAAUCAAGCAAAUUGAGUCUGACAGGCAGAACCUCCUCAAGGAGGUGGAAAACCUGUACAACAUCGAGAUCCUGCGGCUUCCCAAGGCGCUGCGCGAGAUGAACUGGCUCGACUACUUCGCCCUUGGAGGAAACAAACAAGCUCUGGAAGAGGCAGCAACAGCUGACGUGGAUAUCACAGAAAUAAACAAAUUAACAGCAGAAGCUAUUCAGACGCCUCUGAAAUCUUCCAAAAGACGAAAAGUAAUACAAGUGGAUGAAAUGAUAGAGGAAGAAGAAGAAGAAAAUAGACAUAAGAACCCUCAAACUGCAAGAGUCAAGAGGUGUCCUCCAUCCAGGAAGAGAACUCAGUCCAUACAAGCAAAACGCAAAAGCAAAAGGUCAAGCCAUGACAACACUGUGACCCCAGCUGUAGGUAGACUUCAGUUGUCUAUGGUGAAACCAACCCCAGGCCUGACACCACGGUUUGACUCCAGGGUCUUCAAGACCCCAGGCCUGCGUACUCCAGCAGCCAGAGAGCAAAUUUAUAACAUCUCCGUCAAUGGCAGCCCUCUUGCUGACAGCAAAGAGAUCUCCCUCACCGUGCCAGUGGGCGGCGGAGCGAGCAUGCAGUUCUUGGCCAGUGAUUUGCAGAGGAUGGAUAUUGCACAGCUGGAUCCAGAGACCUUAGGAAAUAUUAAGAAGCUCUCGAGCCGUCUUGCCCAAAUCUGCAGCAGCAUACGGACCCACAAGUGAGAAGACAGCAGAGCAGGACAGGGGCAGCAGGGACC